GAUUUCCUAGGAGAACAUUGCUUUUGGAAUCCUAUUCUUUUAUGCAUUUAUUAGCUGACAUUAGCCCCAAUCAAGGUAAAGUAGAAUACAGUGGUCAUUGUCAUUCACAGACCGAGGAAAUGCAUAAACCAGACCUGGGGAGAAGAGCCUGAGACGGGAAACCACACUGGUCAGGGUGCCAGUAACUUCUUUUUGCUUUUGAGACAGUUUCUCACCUGCCACCAGUAAAGGGGGGCAGAGUCAAGACCUAGCAUAUGUUUCAUCAUUCCUAUCGCUCCCUGGGAAUUUCCUUCCGGAAAUUUCCUCCUUUGGACUAGCACCACUGACCUCAUCUAGCGAAUAUCAUGGACUUACGGCUCUCCCACAAUGAUCUGCUUUUCAGAUAAUACCAUCCAGUCGAUUUUCUGUUGCUGUUGCUGCUGUUCCUUGCAGAAGCGACAAGUCAGAACACAAAUAAGCCUGAGCAAGGAUGAAGAAUUUCCAGAAAAAUAUACACGGCAUCGCAGGCCAUGGUUCAGGGAAUUGCCAAGCAAGAAGCGAUCCAACAGAGACCACGGGCAACCAUCGAAACGUAAGCCACUGCCUCCCCUCCCCCCAUCCGAGGUUCCCGAAGAGAAGAUCCAAGUAAAGGCACUGUAUGAUUUCCUGCCCAGAGAGCCCUGUGAUUUAGCAUUGAAGAGAUCAGAGGAAUACCUCAUACUGGAGAAGUAUAACCCUCACUGGUGGAAGGCAAGAGACCGUUUAGGGAACGAAGGCUUAAUCCCAAGCAACUAUGUGACUGAAAACAAACGAAGCAAUCUGGAAAUAUAUGAGUGGUAUCAUAAAAACAUUACCAGAAAUCAGGCAGAACGUAUUUUGAGACAAGAGUCAAAAGAAGGUGCAUUUAUCGUCAGAGAUUCCAGACAUUUGGGAUCCUACACAAUUUCUGUGUUUAUAAAAGCCAGAAGGAAUAUGGAGGCUACCAUCAAACAUUACCAGAUUAAAAAGAAUGACUCAGGACAGUGGUACGUGGCUGAGAGACACCUCUUUCAAUCAAUCCCUGACUUGAUCUGGUAUCACCAGCACAAUGCGGCGGGUCUCAUGACCCGUCUCCGCUACCCAGUUGGACUGAUGGGCAGCUGUUUGCCAACCACAGCUGGCUUUAGCUAUGAAAAAUGGGAGAUCGAUCCUGCUGAGCUCGCUUUUGUAAAGGAGAUUGGAAGCGGUCAGUUUGGGGUGGUCCAUUUAGGUGAAUGGCGGGCGCACAUCCGGGUGGCUAUCAAGGCCAUCAGUGAAGGCUCCAUGUCGGAAGAGGACUUCAUCGAGGAGGCUAAAGUGAUGAUGAAAUUAUCUCAUCCCAGGCUGGUCCAGCUCUAUGGAGUGUGCAUACAGCAGAAGCCGCUGUACAUAGUGACCGAGUUUAUGGAGAACGGCUGCCUGCUGAAAUAUGUCAGGGACAGAAGGGGAGCGCUUACCAAGGAGAUGCUGCUGAGCAUGUGCCAGGAUGUCUGUGAAGGGAUGGAGUAUCUGGAGAGGAACUGCUUCAUCCACAGGGACUUAGCAGCAAGGAAUUGUCUGGUCAGUGCUGCAAGUAUAGUAAAAAUAUCAGACUUCGGAAUGACGAGGUACGUUUUGGAUGAUGAAUAUAUCAGUUCUUCUGGAGCCAAGUUCCCCAUCAAGUGGUCCCCUCCUGAAGUUUUCCAUUUCAACAAGUACAGCAGCAAAUCUGAUGUCUGGUCAUUUGGAGUUUUGAUGUGGGAAGUGUUCACAGAAGGAAAAAUGCCGUUUGAGAAUAAGUCAAAUUUGCAAGUCGUGGAAGCCAUUUCUCAAGGCUUCCGCCUGUACCGUCCUCAACUGGCUCCAAUGUGCGUCUAUGAAGUCAUGUACAGCUGUUGGCACGAGAAAGCUAAAGGCCGCCCUACAUUUGCUGAGUUGCUGCAGGUUCUCGCAGAGAUUGCGGAAACCUGGUGACCUGAACGGAAUGGCAACCCAGAGGAUCAUCUUGCAAAAUUACCACAAAAGGAAAUCCUGUGUGGGGUCACUGAUGAUGAACACCUUCCUUUAGAGUUGCUGACUCUUGAAAACAGUGCAGAGAUCACCGGCUUUUCAAACUUUAAAAUUUAAGAAUAUCCUGGCAGUCAUUUUUCCACACGGAUGUUGGAGAGGGACUUCCAAACUCUCCCUUUUUUUUUUUCCUGUCCUAUUUGUUUCCCAAAUGUGAAGAAAGGAAAAAAUUCUCCAUAACAUUCUUCUUAGUGGUUGCUUCUCAUGAAAGUAGCCCUGAGAACCACUUAACGGUAGAUGAAAACCUGACCCGUUACAGGGCUGAGAAAAUUUCUUUUCGGAAGAGGAGUGACAUUCCUUACCUCAGUGGCUUGCUAAAAUGAAGACAUUCUGCUAACUCAUGGAUUAAAGGAGCCUUCUCUGCAGAAUUUAAUGCUUCUGAGCUAUACAGAUCUUUGUGGAAAAUGCCUUUUUAUAAGCCACAUGAAUGUGAACAUUCUUAAACUCUUGUAUAAUCUUCCUUAUGUUAUUUAACAAAUUGGUUUUGCACAUAUAUGAUAAUUUUGGAGACAGUUUCUUGUAUUCCAGUUUUUUUUUUUUUUUAAAUAAUAUAGGCAUGGAGCCCAAUGUGGGGCUUGAACUCACAACCCCGAGAUCAAGUUUGGACCUGAGCUGAAAUCAAGAGUGUGACACUUAAUCAACUGAGCCACCCAGGUGCGCCACGGUGUUCCAGUUUUAAACACUGUGAAGACAAAGUUCUUUGAACAGGACCUGGUGACUUUCCUGUUUCCAGCAAUACCCAUUGUCAGGGUUAGUUCAGAACCUGAAUUCCAAUGCUAAAAUUUCAUACUUUGUGUGAAAUUGAAUGGUUUUAAAGACUUUUUUUUUUUAAAUGUGCAAUGUAUAUGUUUUAUUUUAUUUUCCUCAUAGUGUAAAAGAAUGCUUAUUACACAGUUAGGUAAAGAAAAGUUAUAUAUUUUGAAGAUUUCAUGUCUUUUUUAAGUUAAAGUCUUAAAAAUUUUUUUUGAGUUUAGUUGACAUACAGUGUGAUAUUAAUUUCAGGUGUGCAACAUAGUAAUCCAACAUCUUUGUGUGUUCUGCUGUACUCACAAGGGUAGCUACCAUCUGUCACCAUAUAAUGCUAUUACAAUAUCAUUGACUAUAUUCUCUA